AUGUGCGGCCCCUGCUGUGGCUCCACCUGCUCCUCCUCGGGCUGCGGGGGAGGCUGCUGCCAGCCCUGCUGCUGCCAGCCCUGCUGCUGCCGCGACCCCUGCUGCUGCCGCCCCGUCAGCUGCCAGACCACCGUGUGCCGCCCCGUGACCUGCACCUGCCGCUGCACGCGCCCCAUCUGCGAGCCCUGCCGCCGCCCCGUCUGCUGCGACCCCUGCUCCCUGCAGGAGGGCUGCUGCCGCCCCAUCAGCUGCUGCCCCACGUCCUGCACGGCCGUGGUCUGCCGCCCCUGCUGCUGGGCCUCCACCUGCUGCCAGCCCAUCUCUGUGCAGGCGCCCUGCUGCCGCCCCCCCUGCUGCCAGCCUGCCCCCUGCCGCACCACCUGCAGGACCUCCUCCUGCUGCUGA